UGACAACUUAUACAAAACACAGUUCUAAUUCUAAUUUCAUGCGUGAUGCUUGUGGUGUUAAACUUUGACUUUUAACUGCACCAUAAAAGUAAACACUAAUGUUACAUGAAAGCUACAUAACAUUUCUGGAUUUUAGUCAUAAAACAGUGUUGCCAGAUUUGCUCAUUUAAAGUGUAAAGAAGUAAAAAUCUGUGGAACAUUUCUUAAUUUUUUGUGUUUUAGUUAAAUAAUUUCUUACUUUUGGAUAUAUACUUAUACAACAUGACUAAAAAAUGAUUUUAUUUACUAGUAAAUUGUGUUAUUUUUUCAGGAUGUGAGCGCGCAGAAGGGGGGGCUGACAGCUGACGCACUGGAGCGAUACGCAUCCACUCCAGGCUGUGGGAGGAAGGAAAGGUGCAGGAUCUGUCCCCGUGCGCGCAAAACUCCUCCACCACACUUUUCAUUGGAUUUCUCCCAUUAGCUUUCCAGAUCAUCCUUCUUUGUGACUUUUUUUUUCUGUUUUUUGGCAGUGAGUUCAAGUUUGAUCCUAGACUGUCAACAAGAAGAGCGCACACCGGGAGCGCGUAAAUGUCAACCUCCCACGUCGGUGGUUGUCGCUCAAGAGGAGUAGAUCUGAACUGAAAACAAACUGAUGGAUCUGCAAACACUUUCCUGUGGGUGAAGUUCAUUUUCUUUCAUUCCCGAUGAUGAUGGACGGCGGACGGUCGCCGGGGACUUCCACACCUGAGCGUGCGUCUUUUGGCAAAACGCAAGAGGAGAAAACGCGAGUGAACUGAUGAAAUCUGGGGAGUCCUCAGACUGCAGCGGUGCUAUGGGGAUCACAAAUGGUCACUCAAAAAGCAUCUUCAUCCUGUUCCUACUCAUAUUCACGCCGAAAGUGGAUUCAUCGUGGUGGUACAUUGGCGCUCUGGGUGCCAGAGUGAUUUGUGACAACAUUCCCGGUUUGGUGAACAAGCAGAGGCAGCUCUGCCAGAAGCACCCAGAUCUGAUGCAGUCCAUCAGCGAUGGAGCCAAAGAGUGGAUCAAGGAGUGCCAGCACCAGUUCAGGCAGCAGCGCUGGAACUGCAGCACAAUGGACCGGGACCACACUGUGUUUGGCAGAGUGAUCCUGCGCAGCAGUCAAGAGGCGGCGUUUGUUUACGCCAUCUCUUCAGCUGGAGUGGUCUACGCUAUCACCAGAGCUUGCAGUCAGGGGGAGCUCAAGAUCUGCAGCUGCGACAGCCACAAGAGAGGGCUAGGAAGCGACAGCAAUGGCGAAUUUGAAUGGGGUGGCUGCAGUGACAACAUCAACUUUGGGAUAAAAUUUGCCAAGGCCUUUGUGGACGCAAGAGAAAAGAUGGUGAAAGACGCCCGAGCUCUCAUGAACCUGCAUAACAAUCGAUGUGGUCGAAUGGCAGUGAAGCGCUUUAUGAAGCUGAAGUGCAAGUGUCACGGGGUCAGUGGUUCCUGUUCUCUGAGAACCUGUUGGCUGGCUAUGUCUGACUUCAGGCUGACUGGAGACUACCUUCACAAGAAGUAUAACAAUGCCAUCGAGGUGACGAUGAACCAGGACGGGACUGGCUUUAUGGUGGCCGACAAGGACUUCAAAGGAAGCACCAAGAAUGAAUUAGUCUAUGUUGAGAGCUCCCCUGAUUACUGUAUUAAGGACCCAAAGAAAGGCACCUUGGGCACAGACGGACGGGAGUGCAACAAGUUCUCCAGAGGCGUGGACGGCUGCGAGGUCAUGUGCUGCGGACGAGGCUACGACACCAUGCGUGUCAAACGCGUCACCAGCUGCGACUGCAAGUUUAAGUGGUGCUGCUCCGUGGAGUGCAGAGUGUGCGAAGAUGUGGCGGACGUUCACAUCUGCAAGCCCAGCACGCAACCCGAGCAGAAGCUGUCGAGGAGACUCGGACAAAUCCAAGCGAGGCUGACGCACUAACCGGCGCUCUGCUCGUACGGGACGUGUGGCUUCAUCACUUCUGGUUUUUGAUGCGUAUCUCACCUUCAGGAGCAGAGACACUAUAAGGUUUCACCCACAAACUAUUACAGACUGUGCUGACAAAAAUGGUACAAUUUGUGGAGCAGAUUUCAAAUAUUCUAUAUGAUAUGCAUUUGUGAAUGGAUCGAGUCUUUUUGUUUGCAGAAUGUUUAUGUGUAAGCAAAAAGGGAUAAGUAAAAUAUUAAAGUAACUUUAUUUAAUCCAGUAGAAACAGAGAAAUUAUGCAUUGUUUAAAAUAACUUAUUGUUUGGCAAUGUAACAAACUCUUAUGCUCAGUGACUGCUGAUCAGUGCUGAUAUUUAAACUUAAAAAGUGACAUAAAACAUAAAAAAAACUUUAUAUCAUUUUGAACAGUCUGAAUUAUGCAUAGUGUUAAAAGAAAGACCUGAACAUUGAAAGUUUGCUAUCUUUGUACUGCUGCUUAAAGGAUUUUUGUACUGUAUGUUGUGUUGGACUGAACACAUUUUGACUGUUGCAUCAUGGGAAAAUUUCUCCUUUCUACCUCUGGUUCUUUGCAUAUGCUUACUUUUUCUUUGACACCUUAAAACAUUUGCUAAAAAAAUGUUAUCCAACAGAUCAAUGCAUGAAACUGCACUUUGAAUUAUCAAGGAAUCGUACAUUUCUGUUUAUGCUAGUUGUUUCUGUUGCCAACUCUGAGCUUAUCUGAUGGGCUUCAUCCUGACAUUGCAAAUGCAGCUUCAGCUCUUAUUGCCUUGUCCUCAGAACCAAAUUGCACAGCCUGUUUCUUUUCCCGUCACACUGUGACAGACUGCGUUUAUAAUCAAACGUAAAAUCUUAUGCAACUCUGCCUUCAGCCCUUUGUGCACGUAUCCGCCACUCACAAUUAGUGAAGUGUUUCAUGAAACUGAGCCAAGGCAUUGCAAAAAAGAGCUGCGAAGUACAUACAGACCGUGAACUCAACUUUCUAACUUUUAGCAAUUCGGCCACACACGUUUUCAGGCUGAUUUUCUUUUUUUUUGGAGACAAUCAGGGAGGUUUAAGGAUUUAAAUGAAUGUGACAACAAGCUGAAAAGCUUCAGGCUCACACACACAGAGGGGAGAGUAGAGUGCUUGAAUCAAAACCAAAUAACAGCAAUUCAAAAAAUCAGCUAAAACCAAAAAAAUUGGAUUUAAUAUCUUUGGGUGUGCAGCUUUGCUUUGGUGAAACCGAUUUUUCUCUUUGUUUUACCUGAAACAAUGAAGGUUUGAGCUGAUCUGUAGUACAUUUGGUCAUGGGAAAGACUCUUUUAUUAGAUUUUCAAAAUAAAAUAAAGUAAUUUUUAGAUCGUUUCCAUUUUAUUUUUUCAACAAUAAAGUUAAGUUUCUCACCUGUCAAACGUUGAUGGUGAAGUGUCCAGUUGAGCCUUACAGCAAAUACAAGAUCCUUUUAAAUAAAACACACUCUGUGUCAAAUAACAUCCUUCUGCUGCAGCAGAUUUUGAAGGAAAAGUUCAAGAAAACCAAGUCAGAUGUGACAUUUUUUUCAUUAUGACAACAAAUAGAUGCUUGAUUUAUUUCCUUGCACAUCCAGUCAUCCAAACCGGCUCAGGAUUUGCUAGUUUGGACCAGAACUUCUGUGCAAACAUUCACUUUAAAUGUUUUUCAGUUUGUGUGGACACAACUUUUGCCUCAGUCGCUGCUUCUACAACAGAACUGAGCUUUAAAAAAUCAGUUACUGAAUCAAUUCUUAAUCAGAAAAUCAAUAUCUUUUUGCAUCAAUUUUUUCCUGAAGUCAUUUCUCAGAAUUGUACUAAACAAGAAUGUA